UGUUUCACAUAGUUUCAAGGCUCAUUCCAGUGUGAUCCCCAAACUCCGCUGCAAGAGAGAGAAAGAGAGAGAUGUCAGAAGAUGCUUUAGUUUCCUACAUAGUGAACAAAAUCGGUGACCUAUUCACCCAAGAAAUUUCUCAAAUUUGGAAGGUGGCGGACGAUGUUGAAUCGCUGAAACAAGAACUGCAGGCACUGGAGAUCUUCCUUAACAACAUGGACUACAAGCAGAGGCGGGAUGCAGCGACGAAGACUUGGUUGAGCUCCGUAAGAGACGUAGCAUAUGAAGCUGAGGACUUGAUCGAUACCUAUUUGCUGGAGAAGAGGUACGCUCCCGCCACUAGGAUAUUUCAUUCUUAUUCGGUAUAUAAACAAAUCGAAGAGUUGAAAUCCAAGAUCCAUGAGAUUGUCGAACGUAGAACUAUAUACGUACCUAAAUUGCACGAGCAAAGAGGCGAAGGAAGCAGCAGUAGUGCAGCUGCAGAUCAAGGUCAUUUGCAUCCAUGGAGACGGUCAUUUCCACACCUUGGUGAUGAUGUGGUUGUCGGUUUCGAACAUGAUGCUGAUCUUCUAGUGGAGAGAUUGCUUCACUCGGAGAGACGUCGACAGGUUGUAGCCAUCACCGGGAUGGGUGGUGCAGGCAAAACCACUCUUGCGGCCAUGGUUUAUAACUCAGUUUCCAAAUUUCCCGUUAGCGGUCACACCCAUUUUACCCAGCUUAAAGAAGUGGACUCGGUAAGUGAACUUCAAAACUACUUUGAUGUUUGUGCUUGGGUGCCUGUUCAUCAAGAUCCUGACAUUAUGGACCUUUUGUUGAUCAUGAUUGAUCAACUAGGCUUAAGUGAAUCUACGAACACUGCAAAAUAUGAAUAUAGUUAUCAGAGGAGAUGGAAGGUCCACAGCUUAAAGCAGAAGCUAUAUUGGUCUUUGAAGCAGAGGAGAUACCUAAUAGUGUUGGAUGAUAUCUGGAGGAAAGAAGUAUGGGAUCAAUUUAAACCAGCUCUUCCAAAUUCAGGCAACGGAAGUAGAAUAAUAGUAACAACUCGAUUCAAGGAUGUUGCCAUUUAUCAUGACCCAGGUUCUGAACCCUAUGAAAUGAGGCCCUUAAACGAGGAUGAUAGUUGGCUACUUUUCCUUACAAAAGUUUUUCCACAAUUAACUUUGCACGACCAACCUAUAUGCCCAAGAGGACUCGAGGACUUGGGGCGCCAGCUCUCCUGCAAAUGUGCUGGUUUGCCUCUUGCUUUGGUGGUACUGGGAGGUCUUGUUUCGACAAAACUGAAGCAUCCAUUGGUGUGGUCGAAAUUACUUGAUAAUAUGAACUGGGAUUCGAUAGAUGAUGGGAAGCAAUGCUUAGAAAUCCUUGCUUUGAGCUACUACGAUUUGCCUUACCGCAUGAAAUUUUGUUUUCUUUACUUGGGAGCUUACCCACAGGGUUCUGACAUCAGUGCCUCAAAAUUAACGAAGUUGUGGAUUGGAGAUGAUCUGAUACCCAAAGAAGAAGGUAUAACACUAGAGGGCACUGCAACCAACUACUUGGAGGAGUUGACACAAAGGUGCCUGGUUGAAAUAGUGAAGCGAGGAUCUGAUAUGAGUAUUAAAAAGGUAAGAGUCCAUGACCUCUUGGGUGAGCUAGCGAAGUCCGAAGCAAGAGAGAGUCGAUUCCUUCAGGUAGCAAAUCUAAAUCCUAUCGAGGCAGAGUCAAAGCCCAAGGAGAUAGCUUCACGUCGUUUGGCGCUCCGACAGAUCCCUGCGAGAUUACCUCAAGUUCUGUGUGAAAAAUCAAGAGCUCUUUUAGUUUUCCCUGCAAGCAGAAUAAACCAAAUCUUUACUAAUAGUAAAGGAUGGUUCCAAAAGUGGUUAUCAAAUUUCAUCAACUUUUAUCCAUUCAUUUAUCAGCCUAAGACAAGCAUGGAAUUCCUCAGAGUGCUCGAACUAGAGGGACUAAAACCAGAUAGCAUUUAUCAUUUUCCUAUAAAAGAUAUGACUAGAUUGCGAUACCUGGGAUUGAGAAAUAGCAAUUUUGCGACGUUGCCAUUUUUUGGAGGGAUCCCUCCACAUCUGCAAACUCUAGAUAUAAGAGGUACAUUUAUCACAGAGUUGCCAUCUGAAGUUUGGACGCUUUCAGAGCUUCGCCACUUAUACUUGAACUCAAUGAGUUUACUGGACUCACAAGCGUUGAGAAACAUGCAAACCCUUUCAGAAGCUGCUUCUGCUAAAAGUAUCAGGAUGUCUUGCAUGUCACUGCAUAAUCUUCAAACCCUUAAAAUCGAUGCUGAUCACGAUACUCCAAAAACUACCGACAGCAAAUUGGUUGGGUAUCUUAAGUUGUUAAGUAGUCUGAACUCUCUAACAUUAAGAACCAAGGAGAUCCCUCAAGAGGUUUUUAAAGCAACAUCAACUCAUACAAAGCUAUAUAAGUUGAAGUUAGAUGGAAAUUUGCAGCCCGAUGAACUCUGCGGUAUCGAAAAUUUCACACGUCACAUCACCGAGCUCACUUUGUCUCGCUCAAACUUGAAAGGAGAACCAACAAAAACACUAGGGCAGCUAAAAAACCUCAGGAUUCUCAAAUUGACAGACAAUGCUUGCCAAUGUCGAGAGAUUUCUUGUUCGCCAGGCAGCUUCCCUAAUUUAUCUUACCUUAAGCUGAGCAACCUAUCUCAUCUAGCAUUGCUCAACAUGGAGCGCGGAUCCUUUCCAAAUCUUAUGUGCUUGUCUAUCCAUUGUUGCACCAAUAUGCAUGUGGUUCCGAAUGGUUUGAAUCACAUCACCACCUUACAAGUUCUAAAAUGUGAUAAGAUGCCCUUUAGUUUCGUGGAGGAGAUUAAUGACUGGUGCAGGACGCAUCCUAUGAGAGUUAUCUUCCAAGACCACUAGCCACCGCAAGAUCUUUCUCCAAUAGCCUAAACAUAUUGGCAACCAACUCUUGGAUGGUCUGGACUUCCUUUAAGAAGUUUUGGGUGGACGAAUUUCUCGGCAACCAACCCUUGGUUUCCAUUGUCCCUUCCUCGACCUAUAUCUUAAGGUUGAUUGUAGGCUUUUAGUCCAUGAGCCACAAAUUUGUAAGCUCCUAUCAUAUUAGCUGUUUUCCAACAUAACGUCGAAGUAUUCGCCAAAUUUCCAUUUCUCAGUCUAUAAUUAUUUGACUCUCUCUGCAAGU